CUCCCAGCUUUUGGCUUGCCACGCACAGACUAUUAUUCCCAUCAUUCCUCCGUCAAAACCCAAACUUCAAUCAAAAGUCUCAACGCCAACAAUCUCUCAUAGGGAAAAGGAGCUAUUUUCAAUGAAUACCCCCAAAUCGUCAAAGAUACCACAGCAAUCUGACGAGACCGCAUCGUCUAUGAUUCCAGCUACACAAGCAGAGCAAGGGGUAAGUAUUGCUCAGCAAAAUGAGGCCCUAUCGCAUUUGAUUUCAUCUUCACAGGCAGGGCAACAGGUGGGGCAACAGGAACCGCCAUCGUCAUGGUUCCAAGGUGUAUUUUCUCUUGAAAAUGGUCAUUGGGGCGCUAAAAUCAACGAUAUUCCGUUGGGAACGUUUAAGUCCGAAAUAGCCGCAGCAAGGGCUUACGAUAGCGCGGCCCUCAAACUCUUCGACAAUGAUUUCAUGCGCAACUUGUUGUUAACGGGUGUUACUAUUAAUGAGCCUCUUUUUCAUAGCAUUCAUAAUAGUGAAGUCAUCAUUAAUAUGAUUAAAGAUGGCUCCUACGAACGCAAUUAUAAGAAUUUCCUUUACUAUCGAUGUCAUGACAUCCCCUAUGGUGACUCUGUAGUAAUGCCUACUUCCUUGGACGCCAUAAAAGGGCUCAUUUUUAAGGAAUUGUUUCGUAAAGAGAUACUUUUGACUGAAUGUCAGAAUCAGAAUUUUCUUAUUUUACCUACUAAAGCUCAGUUGUGCUUUGAGCCAUUGAAGUCCUAUAGAGGCGAAGUAUGGUGUGAAUUUAAAGACAGGACGAAUCGGUCAUGGGCAUUUCAAUUAUGUUUGCUGAAUAAUUCUCAGGUUUACGUGUUCAGUGCGGGUUGGAACAAAUUUUUUAGGGAGAUGGAGCUUCGUGGUAGUGAUAUUGUCCUCUUCUAUCAUUAUAUGGACCUGCGAAAUUUUCCCGAUAGAUUUUCUUAUAUGAUUGAUGUCAUCCGGGGUGUCAGA